AUAAAUAGAUUUUAACCCCUUGAAAUAUCUUUCAAUAAUUACAAAUCACUUCCAAGUUAACGAAAUUGUAAUUAUCAUUAGGAGGAUCAAAUACAAAAAGCAACAUGUCUAAGCCGACAACUAUUAAGGAUGCGUUGGCACGUUGGGAGGAUCGCAACAAGCAAGAAGCUGUCUCGGCUGCCGAUAUAGGAUUGCAAUUUCAGUAUCCGCCCAUUGAGAAAAUGGAUGCUACGCUAAGCACGUUGGUUGAGUGCCAGAAGUUGAGUCUAUCGUCGAAUAUGAUUGAGAAGAUUAGCGGCAUUUCGGGUAUGAAGAAUCUGCGUAUCUUGAGUCUGGCACGCAACUAUCUCAAGAAUUUGAAUGGCAUCGAGUCGUUGGCCGAAACACUGGAGGAAUUGUGGGUCAGCUACAAUAACAUUGAGAAGAUCAAACCGAUUGAGUCGAUGAAGGCGCUCAAAGUGCUCUACAUCUCGCAGAAUGUGAUCAAAGAUUGGGCCGAAUUUAUGCGCAUGGGAGUUCCGCCGGGUCUCGGCGAGAUCACGUUCUGCGGCAAUCCGUUGUACGAAAAUAUGGAUCCUGCCAACUUUCUGGCUGAGACCAUGAAACGUUUGCCCAAUCUUAAGAAACUGGAUGGCGAGCCAAUAAUUCGUUAGUUGUUUUACAUGGAAUGCAAUUCAAAUAAAAGCUGCAACCCGACAAAACA